AGGAAUACUAGCGCACUGGUAUUCUCACAUCUAAUUACUGGCAAUAUGAAUGGGUGUGGAAAAGCGCAUUAAGGGCAGUUCUAUGCCUCCAACUAACAAUGGAAGUAUAGGAUGUGAUAUUGCCAUUCUCGCAGCUGUAAAGACUAUGGAGCAACAAGAUGUUCGUCCUGCCAAUCCAUCCUUACCCUUGUUCAGCGAAACUAACGAUCAGGUUAAAGACCGCAACAGCGAGGUCAUCGAAGAGCUCAGUACAAACCUCGACGAUAUUUCCAACGCGCAACCGAACCCUUACAACCCAUCCAUCAUGGCAGGAACCGCCGAUGAGAAGGAUCCGCAGCAGCCAAACCAAACGGAGCCCUUGGCGAGCACCCGAAAGGGAAAGGUCAACUCCAAGCCAGGCCCGCUGAGUGAGGCAGAGCGAACCGCAGCACGCCUGGAGAUCGCCAGAGUCCUGGAGGGCGUCCCCAUCGAAGAGACAACAUUCAUACUGGUUAAUUGGGUGCUUGAGCUUUUCAUGGACAUGGGCAUUGACCUGUCGGUCGGUUUCAAAGAGUUCAUCGCCGAGAAGUUAACCGACAACAAUCAGUUAUUUGCCGACCAGUAAUGACCGACCAUUGGCACAAUUGGUCUGAUAGGUCUCCGAUACUUUCGGAUGACGGACAGAGGCC